GAAAACAAAUAAACAAGUGGUGGAGGCGAGGCAAGGAGAGAAUGAGGCAUACACAUUUCAUAUACAAAAAUGAGACAAGGCAUUAUUAGUGUAGUAGAUAAAAGAGAAAAAAGAGAAUGGCAAUCUCAGCUACACUUACUAGGAUUGUGUCAUCCAUUGUUAAAGUUGUGAGCACCAAAGAAGACUCAACCACUAGUGUCCCUCAUCAACCCAGACGAGGGAUUCUCCUUUCUACCAUUUUUGUUGCAGCGGACUCCCAAACGGACCUUCUCCAGAAAUACUUGAAGAAAUCAGAAGAAAACAAAAGCAAAUAUGACAAGGAGAGAUUGGACAGUUACUACAAACGCAACUACAAAGACUACUUUGGAUUCUCUGAGGGGGCAUUGAAGGAGAAAAAGGAUCUGACUGAAUCAGAAAAAGGAAUUCUUGAGUGGCUUGAAGCCAACAAAUAAUCUUCUUAAGAUUAAUGUGGUGUAUUAGUUACAUUAGUUUUUUUAGAUGACCCCGAAGAGUAAUAUUUUCAUACGCGAUGAUUCGUUUAAUCUGUAUGCCAGCAACUUAAAUAGAAAACGCCAUGUUCAUUCUUGAA